AAAAGGCAUGCCAAAAAUCAUUUAAAAACAGACUGAAAUGAAGAGACUGGAGUCAUUCCUCAAAAUGAAGUUAUUAGUUGCUCUUGCUCUCCUGCUGGCCGCUGAUUUUGGUGCCCCAUUCCUUUCUGAACAUGAUCCCAUCCUAAAAAAUUGCAGUACAAAGAAGGAAGCGAUCAAAGAGCUUACUAUUGAAAAUCCCACCGAUGAGAAUUUUAAGUGUUAUUACAAUUGCUUACUGGAACUUGAGGAAAUCAUUGUCAAUGGCAAGACCGUCAGACCGUCCCAAAAUAACUUAGAUCCUAAUGUGUUAAAGUGCUUGGAUUUUGAGGACGACAACAGCUGUGAGCUCGCCUAUAAGAUAUUUAAAUGCUUAGAACGUCGUUCUUAAAAGGUUGCACAAAUAUACAAAUAUGUAAAAAAAACAACUUGUGUUAAAUAUAUUGUAAGACUUCAACAUAUUAGUCGAAGUCAUAGAAACCUUACAAUGAGUAACGUGCAUAUUAAUAAUGAGCCAAAAUUAAAAAUUGCAGUAUGACGUUCUAGAAAUUCUAUAAAAAUACCUGAAAGACACAAUAUAGAAUCAAUCUCUAAAAUUAA